ACGCCAAUCCACCAUCCUCCCCCUUCUCCAGUGUUCCACACUGCAAUUCCUUUCCAUUCUCCAAUUCCAAUGGCAACAACAGAAGCAGAAGCAGAAGCACUGCGCCUCAAGGCUAUGACAGAAGCCAAAUUCAAAUCCUCCAAAAACGCCAAAUCAGCUCUGAAGUACGCGAAGCGAGCCCAGCGUCUCGCUCCUCACCUCGCCGGCGUCUCCGAGACCGUCACCUCUCUCACCGUCCUCGCCGCCACCGAUUGGUAUACCGUUCUCGGCGUUGAACCCUUCUCCAACACCACUACCAUUCGCAAACACUACAAGAACCUCGCUCUCCUUCUCCACCCCGACAAAAACUCCCACGUGGCAUCCGAGGAAGCAUUCAAGCUCGUCGGCGAGGCCUUCCACUUUCUCUCCGACAGGGUUCGCCGGAGGAACUACGAUGCCGAGCUUCGGCAGAGGAUUGAGGCAGAAAGCGAGACAUUCUGGACCGCUUGCUCCACUUGCAGGCUCUUGCACCAGUUUGAGAGAAGGUACUUGGGUCAAAAUCUAGUGUGUCCUAGUUGUGACAAGAGUUUUAAGGCCGUUGAAGCUGUUCAGAGUGAUGAGUCUGGGGAAGCUAGGGUUAGGAGUAGGAGGUUGGGAUUGAAAGAGAGGAAGGGGACUAUGGGUAGUGAAAAAAGUGAGAGCUUGAGAGGUAAAGUUGGGGGUGAUGAAGUGGGAAAUGAGAGGGAAGGGAGAUUGAGGAAGAGAAUGCGUUCUGUUGGGGAGGUUUUGGAGAGGUCUAAGGCUAAGAGGGUUAAAACUGGUGAGGAAAUGAUGACAUUGGCUGAAUUUCAGAAUGAAGUGAAGAGAAAAGCGAUGCAAAAGAAGCUGAAGGAAAAGGAAAAGGAGGAAGAGGAUAGAACAGAGAAGAGGAGCAACCAAGAGGGGAGAUUGCGGGGAUUGAAGAACAAUGAGGGUUUAGAGGUAGGGGAAGUUAGGAGUUUGAGGAAGAGUGUGAAGCCUACAAUCAAGGAGAAGCAUGAGGAUUCUGAGAAGAGAAAGGGGUUGAGAGUUGGGAAGCCUAGGGAUUCUAGUGGAGGGGAAUUGGAAGUUAUGGCGGUGGUGGAUUCAGACUUUUAUGACUUUGACACAGAUAGAGUAGAGAGAAGCUUUAAGAAAGGCCAGGUGUGGGCGGUGUACGACGAUGAUGAUGGAAUGCCCAGGCAUUAUGCCUUGAUUGAUGAGACUGUUUCAGUGAAUCCUUUUGAAGUGAAAAUAAGUUGGUUGGACUUACAGAACAAUGGGGAUGGAAAGAUUGUUAGCCGGAACAAAACGGGUUUUCAUGUAUCUUGUGGGAGAUUUAAAGUAGUUAACAGGAAGGCCUCCAUAAAUUCAGUAAAUAUCUUCUCUCAUGUUGUAGAUUGUGACCGGGCAGCGCGCGAGGUUUACAAAGUUUACCCCAAGAAGGGUUCAGUAUGGGCACUUUAUGGAGAGGCAACUCUUGAUGCAGGUGGAAGAAAUUUUACUCAGGAGGACAAGAGAUGCUAUGACAUAGUUGUAUUUUUGACCAGUUACAGUGAGAUCAAUGGCCUGAGCAUGGCUUAUCUUGAGAAGGUUGAUGGCUACAAGACAGUAUUUAAGAGACAAGAGAAGGGGAGUCAUGCCAUUAGAUUUCUAGGGAAGGAUGAUAUGUGGUUAGUUUCUCAUCAAAUUCCUGCACGGAAACUUCCUUGUGAUGAAACUCCUGAACUGUUGAAAGACUGCUGGGAACUUGAUCCUGCUUCACUUCCUUCAGAUUUACUUACUAUUGGUGGCAUAGAUAAUUAAGGUUAGGUUAACUUUAUGGUGAUGAGACUCUGAACUUUAAAAGAUUACUUGGAAGUUGAUUAUUGAUCCAACUUCGGUUCCUUCGUAUAUUCUUACCAUUGGGUGGCUUAAAUUGAUAACUUUGGAAACUUUUACCCUUGAGAAAGAUAAUGAUAUCAAAAACCUGGCUUCUUUGUAUAGCUUGACUUUGUUAAAUUUGUAGGUUGAGGAUAUAUACAUGAAUUACUAUAUUCUGCUGGAUGAACUGUGAAUCAGCAUUAUAAUUUAGUUUAUAUUGCAAAGUCAUGCUAAUGCUUUAUUCAGUCUCCACUGUUGUCAAUGGAUGAGUCAAAUAUAUAAGUGGGCUUGUCAUUGCUCCGGCUGAUUGACUUAUAUAGCCUAUAAGUAAUUUUCCUUUUCUAUGGUUUCACUAUGCUUCUCUAUUGUAUUUAAUCAUUUAUAAUUAAUCUAAACUCAUAUCU